CAUCAGGACAUCUACCCAACCAGAACAACGCCUAAGCCAUCGUCUCAGUCCUCAGAAUCUGUUACCGAUAAUGAAUCUCGCGGGCUGAAUUUGCGUGGAGGUGAUAAGACGAGCAUGGCAUGUACAGGAAAACGAAACCCUGAAAGCUUCGUGAAAUUGGAUCAGGUUUACCACAGUGAAGAAACCGCCUUCACUCUUACAGGUGAUACCACUGAAGUCGAUGAUGAACAGCAAGAGGCUCAGGUGACACCCUAUGAGAAGUCCACUACUAAAAGAGACAUCAGAAGGAUAGCGAUCUGUCGACCUCCUGUGUGGAGUGAAAGUGACAGCAACAGGAGCAUCGACGAAGAUCAUACUAAAGUUGGAGUUCCUUCCCUACCUUACGCACCAUCAACCGAAACCUACAAAUCGUCAGAGCUGACCAGCCUAACCUGUUCCCCUGGAUCUACGGACGUCGGUUUCUGCGCUGAGAAUGUUGAAGUGCAUUUUGGCGGAGAAGGGGCUUGA